GUGGUGCAAACGCUCAGAGAUGUCGUGACGGCUUCCGCAUCGAGAAAGGUCUUUUGUUGCAGUUUGUAAGUUAAAUUUUUCUCAUUCAGUGGAAUUCGAAGACGGUUCAGGCAAUUUUCGAAAUUAAGACAACAGCCUACCUCUCAACUAUUUAUCAAGUUUCAAAAGCUAUCGUGAACAUUAUUAUUGCUAUGUUCCUCGGCAGAUCGAGACAAUGGCGGAUGAGCAGGAGGCUACGGCCAACGAAGAUCGUCCUUUGAUAUACGACGACCAAAGGAAUGAAGCAGAACAAAGAAGUCAAAGAAGCAUCGACGAAAGUCUUCUUUCUUCCGCUGAUCAACGGCCUAAGGCUACAACAAGAAACCUUGUGGUGCUAUGCAUUCUGUUUGUCGAGCUUUGCGAACGUCUAACUUUCUACGGUGUAGCCGCCAAUCUGGUGUUUUACUGUAGCGAUGUGCUAAAGCUGCCCUCUCCAUUACCCAGUACAAUAACUUUGGCUUUUCAAGGUGAAAUCAUGUGUAUUGUCAGA